AACGCAGGCCCAGGAGGGAAAGCGCAACCAAUGAGAAACAGGGCAUGAUUCCGUUUACCCGGAUGAUUGGCAGCUACGUCGACCUUUGCGAGAGGAGGAGGAGGAGGAAGCGGCUUAGGGUGGCCGCUGCCGCCGCCGCCGCCGCCGCCAAGUUUAAGUAUGGAUGGAUCUGUUCGGGGACCUUCCGGAGCCGACACCUCCGGUAGCGGUAGCAGUAGAAAAGGAAGGUCAGAAAGGAUCCGUGCUUUUUGAUGAUCUUCCACCAGUCUGUAGCACCAAUUUGGGGGCAGGGAGCUCUUUGCUUUUUGAUGAUCUCCCACCUGCUAGCAGUGGAAAUGCAGAUUCACAUCUCACAGAGCAAGUUUCUCUUCCUUUGAGCUAUGGGAAGGGAGAGAAGAGGAAAUCUACUGAGGGAGAGAAGAAUGGGAGUGAAGAACUUGUGGAAAAGAAAGUUUGUAAAGGCUCUGCAGGAAUAUUUGGUCUGAAAGGUUAUGUGGCAGAGAGGAAAGGUGAACGAGAAGAGAUGCAAGAUGCCCAUGUUAUUCAAAAUGACAUAACAGAGGAGUGCAGCCCCUUACCAUCUCAGAUUUCCCGGGUCUCAUACUUUGCUGUCUUUGAUGGUCAUGGAGGAAUUCGUGCUUCAAACUAUGCAGCACAGAAUCUCCAUCAAAACCUGAUUAAAAAAUUCCCUAAAGGAGAAGUGCCCAGUGUGGAGAAAGUGAUAAGAAGAUGCCUUCUGGAUACUUUCAAACACACUGAUGAAGAAUUUCUCAAGCAGGCUUCCAGCCAGAAACCUGCCUGGAAGGAUGGCUCCACAGCAACCUGCGUGCUGGUGAUUGAUAAUACUCUGUAUAUUGCCAACCUUGGAGAUAGCCGGGCGAUUCUGUGUCGUUACAACGAAGAGAGUCAGAAACAUACAGCUUUAAGUCUGAGUAAGGAGCACAACCCAACUCAGUAUGAUGAGCGGAUGAGGAUCCAGAAGGCUGGAGGGAAUGUCAGGGAAGGUCGUGUCCUGGGUGUCCUGGAGGUCUCUCGCUCCAUCGGGGAUGGUCAAUACAAACGGUUUGGGGUCAUCUCUGUGCCAGACAUCAAACGCUGCCAACUAACACAUAAUGACAGGUUUAUUCUGUUGGCUUGUGAUGGUCUCUUCAAGGUCUUCUCACCAGAAGAAGCUGUGAAUUUCAUCAUGUCUUGUUUGGAGGAUAAAACUAUUCCUGCAAGAGAUCCCAAGUCAGCCACUGAUGCUCGGUAUGAAGCAGCCUGUAACCGGUUGGCCAACAAAGCAGUGCAGCGAGGAUCCGCAGAUAAUGUCACAGUGGUGGUUGUCGGGAUUGAACAGUGAUGGAAGAAUAUGUGUAAAUGAGGUCCUUAGCAGCAUGCAUUGGAUUUAAGCAAACAAGUUAGUGUGUUUGUGAGUUUGUGCGUGUGUGUGUUUAGGGUUUUGGUGUGUUCUCUCCCUCUUGUAUUGUCUUAUUUGUAAAUAAAAGGUUUGUUUGUUUUUCUA